CUGUCAUCUCCCCUUGGUCCUUCAAAUAUUCUUAGACCAGACACAGAGGAUUGCCAAUCUCUCUCUUUAUAUAUAUAUUUCUCUCUCACCCAUCUCAGCAACAAAAUUUUCAUUUCUUUUGAUUUAAUUAAGGGCAGUGGAAUAACCAAGGAAGAGAGAGAAAGGUAGAGAGAGAGGGGGAGAGAGGGAGGCUUUUAGGAGCACCUCCUCUGUUUUUCAUUAUUGUGAUGCCUCUUCUUAGAUCUUAGUUUCUCUCAUUUUCUCAUCUGGGUUCCUCCCAAAUGCGGUUCUGGAUUGGGUUUGAUUGGUGGAUGAGGGAUCCGAUAUUCCUGAAUUGGAUUUGAGGAUACCCACUACCUAUUUGAUUGAGAAGAGGCUACUGGGUUCUGACCAAAUUUCUAGAUAAGAAAAGAUGGAAUCAGAUCUCGGGAAGCUCUUCAUCGGUGGGAUUUCAUGGGACACAGAUGAAGAUCGUCUUAAGGAAUAUUUUAGAACAUAUGGAGAAGUGGUGGAGGCUGUGAUAAUGAGGGAUCGUACAACUGGUCGUGCUCGUGGCUUUGGGUUUGUCGUCUUUGCGGAUCCUGCUGUUGCUGAAAGGGUGGUUAUGGAUAAACAUACGAUUGAUGGUCGAACUGUUGAAGCAAAGAAAGCUGUUCCUAGGGAUGAUCAGCACCUUCUGAACAGAAACACCGGUAGCAUUCAUGGAUCUCCAGGUCCAGGACGUACUAAAAAGAUUUUUGUUGGGGGUUUAGCAUCCACCGUUACGGAGAGUGAUUUUAAGAAGUACUUCGAUCAAUUUGGUACAAUUAAUGAUGUUGUGGUGAUGUAUGAUCAUAACACCCAGAGGCCAAGGGGCUUUGGAUUCAUUACUUAUGAUUCUGAGGAAGCAGUGGAGAGAGUUUUACACAAAACCUUCCAUGAACUUAAUGGCAAAAUGGUUGAAGUCAAGCGAGCAGUUCCAAAAGAACACUCACCAGGACCCAGCCGGAGCCCUUUGGUUGGAUAUAACUAUGGUUUGGGUAGGAACAACAACUUCCUUAACAAUUAUGGUCAGGGAUAUAACAUGAGUUCAGUUGGAAGUUAUGGAAUCAGGAUGGAUGGUAGAUUUAAUCCAGUUGCUAGUGGUCGAAGUGGGUUUCCUCCAUUUGGUGCUCCAGGUUAUGGAAUGGGUAUGAAUUUGGAACAGGGGUUGAGCCCGAGCUACAGUGGGAAUUCUAGUUUCAGUAACAAUCCUGGAUAUGGACGGAUAUUGAACCCUUAUUAUAGUGGCAAUUCAAACAGGUACAGUACUCCUAUUGGGUAUAAUGCAGGUAAUGGAAGAAGCGAUUCCGUUUUAAACUCAACGCCUCGGAAUGUUUGGGGAAAUGGGAGCCUUAACAAUGCCACAAACCCUGCUAGUCCUGGUGCUUACUUGGGCUCUGGAGGUGGGAAUUUUGGAGUCUCAUUUGGAAAUGGUGGGGCAAAUUGGGGCUCUUCUCCUAUUCCAGCUCAAGGUGGUGGGAGUGCUCUGGGCUUCACCAGUGGAAGUCUCAAUUAUGGGAGUGGAGAUAGUAGCUAUGGGUUGGGAGGGGGAGGGUAUGGAAGAAACAGUAGCACAGGUGUAGCUGCAGCAUCAUCAUUCACCCCAUCAACUGGGGGUUAUGAAGGGUCUUAUGAGGAGUUGUACCGCAGCGGUUCAGUUUAUAAUGAUUCAACUUGGCGAACUCCCACAUCUGAGCUAGAUGGUCCUGGCUCAUUUAGUUAUGGACUGGGCAAUGCAGCUUCAGAUGUUACUGCUAAUAGUGCUGAGGAUUACAUUGGAAGUUAUAGUGUUGCAAAUAGACAAUCAAAUAGAGGAAUUGCUGCCUAGGAGAUUCGUAAUUUGGAUAUCUAAAAAGGUAAUUGUAGGUGAAGAAAAUCUGGUGAAACAGGUGAAGAGGACUGUGAAUUUCAUACAUCUCCCUCAUUAAUAUACUUCAGCUUAUAAAGGAAAUUGAUCAUAUAGAGCUAACGAGGGUUCUUGAUUUGAAGUAUACAAAGUCAGAGAGAAAGCAGUUUACAAGGGAUUUUGUGUAAGGUUUGAGAUUUGAAUUUUCUUCCUUAACUUAGGUUCGUUUCUUGGCAUUUGGUUGAGGUGUAAAAUCAGAUUGCGGGAUAUACUUGGAGAGAUUGUUUCCAAUUAUUGAAUCGUGCAUCUCUGGUGAGGCGUGCCACCGGUACUACAUUAAAUAGAGUUCUUAAUUUUUGAAUUUUUUUCCCUGCUGUAUUGUCCAGCAAACUUGCUGGUUCUUGUCCUUAUAUUUCCUUCUUUCCUUUCUGGGAUUUGAUUUUUCUCCAAGAUUGUAAGCGAGGUUCUGUUUGAUUUACUAGUGUGAAACAUUAGAGGGAUACCCAUCUAGGUUCCCUAUUAAAUAAGUUACUAAAUUUUCUGAUUCAUUUUCUGUUGGAAACUGUCUGUUCAACACGUUUAACCUUCAUUUAUAUAUGAAAUGGGUGUUUCUGGUUC